GAAGUACCGUUAACAACGCUCGGUCGAGAGAGGCAACAUGUCGCGUGCUGGAAAAAAGAGAAAAUUAGACAAAAGCCGGCAGGACAGAGUUUAUUUUGACAGCUACUCUGAUGUGUCGAUACACGAAGAAAUGAUAGCGGACCACGUCCGAACCAACGCGUACCGGACGGCCAUUUUUAAAAACAGCGAGCUGAUUCGGGGGAAAGUCGUUCUGGACGUCGGAGCGGGAACCGGCGUUUUGAGCAUCUUUUGUGCUCAAGCCGGCGCGAGGAAGGUGUUCGCCGUGGAGGCGUGCUCGAUAGCCGAGCAGGCGGAGAAGAUAGUGAAACAAAACAAGGUGGAGGACCGGGUGGAGGUCAUCCGAGGCACGGUGGAGGCCGUGGACCUGCCGGAGCAGGUGGACGUGAUAGUAAGCGAGUGGAUGGGUUACGCUCUCCUGCACGAGUCCAUGCUCAACUCGGUGCUGCACGCGCGGGACCGGUGGCUGAAGCCCGGAGGCCUCAUCCUGCCGAGCAGAGCCGAGCUCUACAUCGCCCCGGUCAGCGACCCGGUGGUGGAGGACCGCCUGUGCUUCUGGUACACCGUCCAGGACCAGUACGGAGUGGACAUGUCCUGCAUGGCCGACUUCGCCCUGAAGUGCAUCAAGAACUCGGACAUCACCGUGAGUACGGUGGCCGGGCAGGACGUGCUCUCCCACCCGGCGCGGUUCGCGGAGCUGGACCUGAGCUCUGUGACGGUGGAGGAGCUGCGCUCCGUGGGGGGUGCGUUCAGGUGCACCUCCUUCGGCUCGGCCACCGUGAACGCUUUCUGUGUGUACUUCACGGUCACUUUCCCCUGCCCGGAUAAUCCGCUCGUGCUGUCCACGUCCCCGUUCAAACCGGAGACCCACUGGAAGCAGGCGGUGCUGUACCUGGAUGAUCCGGCGGAAGUGGUGCAGGACACGCCCAUCACCGGAAGCGUUAGCAUGUACCCCUCAGAGCAAAGCGCCAGACACGUGUGCGUCCAUGUGGACUACAAUAUAGGAGAGCAGAAGACUGAGUCCAAGACUUUCUCCAUCCCUGACUGGACCUCUGAUGCUCAGUCAUAGUGACACUAAUAAAGGGAUAGUUCAGACAUCUUAAAGAGAGGUCAUGUGGAAAUGUUUAACAAUAAACAUCUUACCUGCAGUAGAUCAGAAUUAAGCACACAUCUCACGUCAUCUGUUAAAUUUUAAUGUAAAGGUUUAUAAAAGAGUUUAAGAACUGUGACAGUUUUUAGCUCAAAGACACAAAGAGUCUACAACAGGUAAGAUAUUGACAGUUCAUAGCUUUUCCGCAGAGCCUCACUUUGAAACGUACAACUCCCAGAGCUCAGGAUAACGGAGCAAAUGUUGCGUUUAUUGUUUCAGCUUCAAAAUGUGUUCGCCUGUGGUCAAGGUUCUUCAGAAAAUUAUUCAAAAUGUGAAAAAUAAAAUACACCGCUGUCCUAAAACGUC